AAAGCUCCUGCCUUUAUAAAAAGAAAAAAACUUAGUCAACCGAAAUCCAAAAUGGCUGAAACAGUACAAUAUUAUCUCGAAAAAAUGGUGCCUGAACUUGAAGAUUAUGAACAGUACGAAAUGAAUUUAGAACAAUUGAGAAAAAAACGCAAAGAACGCUUGGCAAUAAGAGGAAAGACAUCAAUAUCAGAUUACGCAAUUAUUAGAAGGCUAUAUCAUAUUUUUGAUCGCGCAGUCAUAAAGUUUAAAGGCGAUAUUUCUUUGUGGCUUCAAUAUAUAGAUUUUGCUAAAUCAGCAGGAGCUGGAAAGUUGCUCGGCAAGAUCUUUGGGAGAGCUUUACAAUUUCAUCCAACGAAGCCUUUAUUUUGGAUACUCGCCGCAAAAUGGGAGUUUGAGGCUAACGCUAAUAUAACUGCAUCCAGAGCCUUAUUACAGCGAAGCUUGCGCUUAAAUCCUGGUUCUAGUCAACUGUGGCAUGAAUAUUUUAAACUUGAACUUGCAUAUAUUGAAAAAAUUAAAGCUCGACGAAAGAUUCUAGGAAUAUCUUCAGAGCCAUCAAGUUUAGAGAAUUCAAUUCUUGGAGACGUGAUAUUAAUUUCAGGGCAUGUAGACGAGAAUAAAUUUAAUGAUGAUAAUGAAAUGCUAUGCGGAGAAAUUGCCAGGACUGUGUAUUUGAAUGCUAUUAAUGCCAUCCCAGACAAUUUAGCAUUUCGUCAACAAUUUGUAAGUAUCUGUUACGAGUUCUCUGAUACACAAAUAAUUCAAGAUACCAUUUACGAAAGUAUUCGUAAUGAUUUUGGCAAAAAUGCGGAAGCAAGAGCUUACAUUGCAGAAAGACAUUUGUUCUCUGCGCUAGACGUAGAAACCCCCGAAUUCGAGGUGGCUGUUAAAAAUAGUGUCAAUGAAUUUCAGCAGAGUGUCGAGGAGUUGGCUGAUAAAGAAAUGUGGUAUUUAUUUACCAAAUUUCUUAAUAAGUAUUUGCAUAAAGUUACGGAUAAAAAUUUGAAUUCCUAUUUUAUAAAACUAUUGUCUCAAGCAUAUGAAACUGCUACUUCUUUAAAUCUUGCUUCAGAAAAAAUGUAUGUCGAAUGGAUUGAAUGGAUCUUAGAAAGUCUUGAUUCCAAUUCCAAAAAUGCGCUUGAUAUUGCAAAACAAGCCACCGAUAUUUAUCCUCAAAAUUCAGAACUUUGGAUAAAAAGAGUUGGCGUUGUAAUGUCCUUAGAAGAAUCUCGAGAUAAAUCGGUAAACGAAUUAUAUAGCUUAGCAUUGAAAAAGAAUCCUGCAUCAGUGGUAUUGUGGGAUUCUUAUCUAUCCUGGAAUUUAUCAAAGUGGAAAGAUGGUGGUUUGGAAAGUCAUGAACUGGAAAAAGUAUUCACGGCAUCGGUUUCUAAGGUCGCAUCAUUAUCAUUAAGUUUGAUAACUACUGACGAGCAUGAUCCGAAGAAAGCUAAAAAUAAAGUUGUCAACCGAUACUUAACAUGGGCUGAUGAGGUUGGAGAGCUGAAAAAGACGCGUCAAGUUUAUAAAAGUCUUUUAAGUAAGAUCCUACCGACUCUUGAGUUUUAUCAAACAUGUAUCCAAAUAGAGGAAAAGCAUAUAACUUCACCUAUGGCACUAGACGCGAAAACUCAUUUGGAAUGGUUAUAUGAUCGAGUUUGUCAAUUUGAUAACGCACCGUGUGGUUUGUAG